AGCGCUACCAAUUGGCACCUCCUGCUGCCGCGCCACCAUGCUCUAUGCUCACCUCCACCUUCGCCGCCCCUGCUCCCCGUUCGCCUACUGCCCCUACAGCAAGCUAUCCGUUUCCAUCCCAACCCUCAACCCUCUGCCACGCGGGCCGCUUUCUCGCCGCGCCUGCGCCUGCGCCCACCGGUACCUACGACACGUCGCGUCACCGGCGGAUGAGGAAGAGGCUGGGUACGGGGAGGGCAGCGUGGAGGGUGAUGAUCUGGGACCCGCGUCAGCGGCGGCAGUGGCAGCGACCAUCCGCCGGGCCUCCAGCGCGUCGCCCGUGCGGUUCAGGUGCGUGCUUGGAGAGGCAGUGGAGGAACCGCGCGGCGAGGAGGGCUUGGCCGACCCAAGCCCCGACUUUCGCCGGCUCUGUGCGGAGCAGCUUGAGAUUUUCCGAGUGCUCAUCUCCCGUGACGCCGUACUCUCUGUGUACGUGAGACCUGCUGGCAGUUAUAUUAUGGAUCAGCUGGAACUGCGCCGAGUUGCUUUAUAUCCUGGAAUUAAUAAUCUUUCUGAAAAAGAUACCCCUGUCCUAGUUUGUAAUUUUUCUAUAUCUUCUGGACUACGAGCAGCAGAAGCUUUUCUAGUAAAACAACAGAUGGAAGUCAUAAGAGAAUUUGGGGCUAUAGUUCUUCCAAUGGUGAAACACCCCUUUGUUGUUGGGUUCCUUGUCGUAGAGCUUCCAGAAUUACAUGGUGGACGUGCUAUGAACUCUUAUACUGCUGAUACUGAGUUACCACCUAACACAUUUAUGGAUAAAUCAUCUGAUGUAACUCCACAUACUGCGUGGGAUAUUCAAACUUAUGGUGAUCAGGCAAAGGGUUAUUCUCAGCUUGUUAAUGAAUGGAAGAAUAGUGCCCUUAUGAUUUCUCGAACUCUGGCAAUGGCUUAUGUUAUGGAUCAGAAAGCAUAUCUGCUUCAACAAACUUCCUGGCAAAAUAAUGUUAGAAUGAGUGGCUUAGUGGAACAGAUUUGGGGCCCCCUCUCUAGCAUUCGUGCUCUUGCAAAGAUGUUAUCCUUUCACACAAAGAGAAGUGAGAUCCCCUAUGAUAUUAUUGAAGAUAUGCUCACCCAAGGUGAUCACAUGAAAGAUGCUCUGCAACAAAUUCAAGAUGCUGUAUAUCUGACUAAGGCAAACAUAGUUAGAAGCAAUGAGGAGACUUUAAAGACAAUUCAGAGAUCACCACAUCCUUCAAGAACUUUAUCAGAUUAUAAAUCAGUACCUGGGAAUGAUUCACAGAAGUUGGAUCCAGUUUUAGCCCUGAGUUCUGAUGGGUAUGACAUGGUGAUGCCUAUGCCACCUCUAUGGCUGGCACCUCUUCAACACCAAUAUGAUAGACCAUGUGAUCUCUGUGAUGUGCUGAAGGAUUUAGUUGCAGGAGCAUUACCACUUGCUUAUAAGCAGCAGCGCACAUUAGAUUUAACAGAAAUUUCACAUCCACUUCAUGUUGCUGUUGAGGAAUCUGCUUUAAGAAAAGCCUUGAGUAAUCUGAUUGAGGGAGCGCUCCUACGUACACAGCAUGGUGGAGUAGUUCAAAUAUGUGCAGUCGAAGCACCUGCAGGAGGCGCUCUCGUGGUCAUCGAUGAUGAUGGGCCUGAUAUGCAAUACAUGACUCAGAUGCGCUCCCUGGCCCCAUUUGGAUCAGACCUUGCAGAUGGUAUGCUCGAAGAUAACAUGACGUGGAACUUCAUCGCGGGAUUAACGGUCGCACGUGAGCUACUUGAGGAAUAUGGAUGCGUCCUGCGUGUGAUAUCACCUCGAAGGACUGAUGCGGUUAUAGGCACCGGAGGGAGUCGUGUUGAGAUAUGGUUGCCAUCUUUUCAGACACAAGCAGCCAAGACUAGUCAAGAAGUGUAGUUUACAUCUGAGGAAGCGAGGCAUGCUUCGUUUUCCCGUACGUUUUGAAAUCUGUAGAUAUUGGCUUACCGGAAUGUUACUGUACCAGUAACAUCUCAUAUGUUGAAUUUGCAAAAUUACAGGACGUGCGCAAAUGAUUGUGAUGGUGAUGUUGCAUUGC